AUGAGGUACUCAGCACCAGCGUCACUCGCUUUCGCCGUUGGCGCUUUAGCUGCCUCGCUCCGUCGGGACACUUGCUCGUUCACUCUCACCGCAUCAGGAGGUGCAUCUGGUAUUGUUGGUCAAUUGGACGAUGGCCAACUUCGUAUCCUCGGUGGCCACCCAACCGCAACCUUCACAAUCAGCAACAGUGCAACCACUGAUUCCAAAGGCCGACCAUGUUACCUAACAUCGGAGGCUAACCAAUAUCAAUGUGAUACUAGUAUGACCGCCACAGCCGGUUUUGCUAUCGGUGCAAACGGCACAUACUCCCACUCUGGAUCGCCGGUAUUCUAUGCAUGCCCAUCUUCUGAUUCCGACUACAACAUCUAUACAACUCCUGUUGCCGGUCAGACCAAGUGCGUCAAGGUUGGGUUGACUGCUAGUGGAUGCUUUGUUUCAGCUUUAUCAUCUUCAUCAGCACAAAUGAGCACAUCCACACCAUCAAAACCUUCCGUUAUUACUGCUACCACAACUCAGCAUCAGACUUGUGCUCCUUCAACUGUUACUGUCUCCUCCCCAGCUCAGACUAUCUACGUGACUAUCUCUGCUGUGUCAACCGCACCUGGUCAGACUAUUUACGAGACCAAGACCUUGAAAGAGACUGCCCCCGCCAAUACUGUUGUUGUCACUCAGACUCCAUCUGCUCAAACCAUCUAUGUUACUUCAACUGCCCCUGGACAAACUGUUCACGAGACUCAGACCCAAGAAAAGACUGCCCCAGCUCAAACUGUCUACGUCACCCAGACACAGAAGCAGACUGCUGCUCCUUCCACAGUUACCGUCACCCAGGUACAAACUAUAACUGCUGUCUCUACCAUCGCAGUCUCUACACCAAAGCCUUCACAUGCUAGCUCGAAGGCUAGCCCAGUUGUUUCUUCAGUCCCAUCUAAGGCCACUUCAACCACUCCAUCCUCCACAUCCUGCCCUACAAACCUUGAUGGCACCUAUACGUCACCCAACUUAAUCAUCCCAGUAUCAUCCGCAUCACCAAAUACUCCCUACGGCACUUCUUAUUUUGGAGUUGUUAACAGCACCGUCUCAUCCCUCUUCAACUUCGACAUUCCCGCAUCAUACGCAUCAAAGAAAUGUUCUCUCGUCUUCCUCUUCCCAACUCAGGAUAUGCUCGAGACCUCUUCUUACACUUUCUCAGGAUCUGGAGCUAUUAAUUUCAAACAGUUAAGCACUACUGUUACUCUAAGUUCCACCUAUAACUCUAUUGGAAGCACCAAAACCGAUUUCGGUAGCAAGACGUCCACACCUGGUACCUGGACUGUGGUUGAUACUUUUGAUUGUCCAGCUGGAAAGGCUAUCAGUUUUGAGAUGAGCACCGGUGGAAGUAACACUAAUUUGAGGUGGUUUGAGGAUUAUAAUCCUUCUCCAAUUGGUCUUUUUAUCACUACCUGUUAA